GCGAGGCGGAACUGAAACACAAACUAAAUCAUUAUAGCCACCACGCUGCAUUGAUGCCCCAACUUGCAGCGUGUCCGCGAACUGAUUCUAUUCAUUACCCAGACGUGCUGCAGUUUGCUGUUGUUUGGUUUCUCCUUGCUGUUACUGAUAUUGAACUUUGUAAAAUUCCUCCAUGUAUGCGCAGACACUUGUUCGAACACACCCACCAGUAUGGUAAUUUUCUUCAUGGCCCCAAGUCCUGGAUAGUGAAAGUGGAAAAUUUCGCUUUUACAUCUGGGUUUGUUGAAUUCAUCAUGGACAACAACGUCCCAUUUGGUUCCCAUCUUCUUUUGAGACACGUUGGCAACUUCGCAUUCGAGGUCCUCACGUUUGAUAUGGAAGGCUUUUCUUUGAACCUCGCUGGCAACCCUUACCGGUCAAUCAUGGACAGAACCCCUCCAGAUCCAUUCUUCAUGGUCGUUGAAUCAUGUCUACCAGACUGCUCAUAUAGGCACAUGUAUGAACCCCCUUCGUUUCUGUAUGUGCCAAGACAAACUGCACGGCAAACCUGUGAAGCCUUCCUGCGCCAAUGCAGUACCAAGAAAGGCCGCUUGAUAAUCCACUACGGAAGGGAUGACGCGUAUAUGGUGAUUGGCAAAGAAUCAUUUCUGCACCAGGUGCACCAGACUUUUCAACUCAACCGGCAAUCCAUCCUAGCAUUCUUCAAAUACAACGAGGGCACAACACGCCUGCUUGUCUUGUCACAGUGUCAUGUGGAAGACCCACCCAGCAAAGGAUACACCUAUGAUAUCAGCUCUUCCGCAUGCGUCAACCCUUUUGUCCAUCCUUAAAUUAAUCAAUAGUUUAAACUCUUGCUGUAUUUGGUUACUUAUUUUGUCUUGCUUUUGUUGGUGAAGGCCACCCUCUUCAGAGAUUAAAAACUUGUUCCCUU